CGCAGCGCCGUGAAAAGCAGCCGUCAGUGCGUCGCACCAGCCAGACCUGCAGCCACAGCUGAACCAGCCUGACAGUCAUCAUGGCGAGCGUAGAAACCUCCCCCAGCAGGCCGUACCACCUGGUGGUGUUCGGAGCCUCGGGCUUCACGGGACAGUUCGUGGUGGAGGAGGUGGCCCGGACCGUGUCCGAGGGUCCGGGCGGGAGCCUGAAGUGGGCCAUCGCCGGCAGGAGCAGGCAGAAGCUGGACACCGUUCUGGAGCAGGCUGCAACAGUGCUCAGUAAACCCGAGCUGAGGACAGAGGUGGACGUGAUCAUUGCAGAUGUAGGAGAACCCGACUCCCUUGCAGCCAUGUGCAAACAGGCUGUGAUUGUCCUCAAUUGUGUUGGGCCUUACAGAUUCUUUGGUGAGCCAGUGGUGAAAGCUUGUGUGGAGAACGGAGCCCACCACAUCGACAUCUCUGGAGAGCCACAGUUUCUGGAGGGCAUGCAGUUGAAUUACAACAGCCAGGCAGCUGAGAAAGGGGUGUACGUCGUUGGGAGCUGUGGCUUCGACUCCAUUCCUGCAGACAUGGGGGUUCUUUACACCAGAGAGCAGUUCAAGGGUACGCUGACUGCUGUGGAGAGCUUUCUAACCGUCGGCUCAGGACCUGAGGGUGGAUGUAUCCACGAUGGCACAUGGCAGUCAGCCAUCUACGGUUUUUCUGACAGCCAGAAGCUUCGGAGUCUUCGGCGGAAGUUUAAUCACGCACCCCUCGCUACUGUUGGCUCAAAGCUGAGACGCAGGGGAGCCAUGUUCUUCAGCAAUGAGAUCCAGCAGUACGCAGUACCCUUCAUGGGUUCUGAUCCCUCCGUUGUGAAGAGAACUCAGCGCUUCCUCGUGGAGGAACAUGAGGAAUCACCGGUCCAGUAUGGAGCAUAUGCAGGAAUCGGAGGUCUGGGGAACAUUAUCAAGUUGAUGUUUGCUGGGAUGAUGUUCUGGUUCUUUGUCAAGUUCAGUUUUGGACGCAACCUGCUCAUCAAGUACCCAGAGUUCUUCUCAUUUGGACUCUUCUCAAAGGCCGGACCAACUAGAAAGCAGAUGGAGGGUUCAUCCUUCCAAAUUUCCUUCCACGGAGAGGGCUACGCAGAGGAACAGGACCCCGCCCAGGGCAGGCCCAAUGCCAAGAUCCGCACACUGGUUCAAGGACCAGAAUGUGGGUAUGUGGCCACCCCCAUCGCCAUGGUACAGGCCGCUCUAACCAUGCUCACUGAGUCUGCAUCCUUGCCUAAGAAGGGAGGCGUUUACACUCCAGGUGCUGUUUUUUCAAAAACCACUCUCAUCAACCGCCUCAACAAACACGGCAUUCAAUUCUCAGUCGUCUAAAGUUUUUCUUGGCCCUGAUGACAUAUUCCAGGUUUUUGUGAGCAUUUACUAACACUCAUCUUAACACAUGGAAAGUUUCCAAAUGUAGAGGAGGGCUCUUUAAUCAACUUGAAGUCCAAAAAUAGUUGUUGGUGGUGCUUACAGGUUUGAUCCCUUUGCUGGAGUCAGAAACUUUCCAGACUCCCUUCAGCUUGAAUGCUCUAUUAACAUUCUGCUCAUUAACAAAACACAACUGUGGCAAUGUCCUCCCACCAAAGAUGGUAAAUUAACGGUGGUAAUAGGUUCAGCAUGGUCCUCCACUAAUACCAUUACUGCAAAAAAAAAUAAAAUAAAAAAGGAUUCUCAACAGAAUUUGGUUCACUUCAUAUCUUUUUCGGAUGUAAUAAUGAAACAAAACCAUGUUUUAGUCAUCGAAUUGUAUUGAUAAAGCUUCAGCAGUCCUCUCUGCACAAAGGGAAAAGGAGAAAAUAUUAGCAUAUUAUCAGACCAAAUAUUAGUUUGCUAAAUUUUUCAUUGAUACUUAGUUAAUACCCCACACUCCCUCCAA